ACCCUGCUAUAAAACCCGACAUCUCCACAUUGCAGGAGUGCUGCUCUGCUCUCCCUCCCUACUGUGAAUCUGACAAGCCUGCCUGGUUUCCCUGCCUGCCUUCUCUCUCUCAACUCCACUAUUGCUUUGCUCACCAGCCCGUUUAAGCCUGACAGGGACACCCACACUUCUCUCCGCUCCGAUGUUCUACUGUUCCACUACACUAGCAGUUCCUCAUCUUUGUUUUGGUGUUGGAUGGGCGUGGAUAUUCCCUGUUAUUCCCUGUUUUUGUGAAUGGGCGUCCGAUGCGAGGUGGCUGUGACUGACUGACUGACGGACGGACGGACUGACUGUCAUCUCUGGGUACUCUACUCCGAAGAAGCAAUGUGACAGGUCACUGGACGUCACUGGUAGACUUGGAAUAAUAGACAAAAAAAGAAAGGAAGUAAUUAAGAAGCAAGAGAAGGAGAGGAGAGGAUGGCCCACACAGAGGAUGACCUGAUCGGGAUUCCGUUCCCCAACCACAGCAGUGACGUCCUGUGCUGCCUCAACGAGCAACGCCGCGCCGGGUUACUCUGUGAUGUAGUCCUUGUUGUACAAGACCAGGAGUACCGUACCCACCGCUCGGUCCUUGCCGCCUGCAGCCAGUACUUCAAGAAGCUCUUCACCGUGGCCUCUGACGGAAGGGACCAGCACGGGGUGUUUGAGAUAGACUUUGUGGCCCCCGAGUCGCUGACUGCAAUCUUGGAGUUUGCUUACACGUCCACGCUGACGGUGACGGCGUCCAACGUAAAGGAGAUCCUAGGAGCGGCUCAGCUGCUGGAAAUCCCCUGCAUCAUCAACGUGUGUCUGGAGAUUAUGGACUCUGGUGAGGGAGGAGGUGGAGGAGGAGAGGAGGAAGAGGAUGAGGAUGUAGAAGAAGAGGAGGAAGAUGAUGAAGAGGAGGAUAAAGACAUGGAUGAGGAUGAUGAGUCAAGGAAGGACGAGCAGGAGGAUAACGAGGAGGAUAAUGCCAGUGAGAGGUCAAUAAGGUCGUCAGAGAGUCAGGACCAGGUUGGGUCAGAGAGAGGAGCAGCUCCCAGUCCACCCAAUACUUCCCAGUACCAGCAGCAGUACGAGCUGCAGCAGAAUGAGAGGAAGUGUCGGGACACAGACUCUCAGUGUGAGAAACCCCGGCAGGAGCAUGAGAGCAUGGAGAGUCGAGCCCUCAAGGACUUUUCCAUUGAAUCCCUGCUACAGGAAGGGCUAUACCCUAAAAUGCCAUCAGUCCUGGACAGGAGGGCUAACUUUUCCCCUCUGCUCCCCGGCUUCUACCCUCCCAUGUGGACCACAGAGUUCCCAGGCUUCCCCCAAAAGGUCCUAGACCCCAACCACCAUGCCCCGACUCCCCGCCCCUCCUACCCCCCUCAGCUGGACAACAGACCCCUAGACCUGGUUGUGAAAAGAGAGAUCAUCAAGGAGGAACUAAAGGAGGAAGUCCCGCCCAGCAUGCUGCAUGGGGACUUCCUGAAAAACUUCAUGAAUUCCGGCCUAUCAGGUAUGGGAGUUGAGAUGGGGGUAGUACGGUCCGAGAGGUCUCACCUCCAUCUGGGCCAGAUAAAGGACGAGGCAGACUUCCGCUCCUACAUGGGCUUCCUGAGCACGUCAAGCCACCUGGGGGCGCUGUUCCCUCCCUGGCAGCUGGAGGAAGAGCGGAAGAUGAAGCCUAAAGCCUCCCAGCAGUGUCCUAUAUGUAACAAGGUGAUCCAGGGGGCAGGGAAACUACCCAGACACAUGAGGACCCACACAGGAGAGAAACCAUACAUGUGCACCAUCUGUGAGGUGCGAUUCACCAGGCAAGACAAACUGAAGAUCCACAUGCGAAAGCACACAGGCGAGCGCCCCUACAUUUGUCUCCACUGUAACUCCAAGUUUGUCCAUAACUACGACCUAAAGAACCACCUGCGUAUCCACACAGGGGUGCGGCCCUACCAGUGUGAGCACUGCUACAAGAGCUUCACACGCUCAGACCACCUGCACCGCCACAUCAAGAGGCAGAGCUGCCGCAUCUCGCGCCCUCGACGGGGCCGCAAGCCGGCCGCUUGGCGCUCAGUCAACAACUUCCUGCAGGGCCCUCCGUGCUCGGCCAAUCACCACGAGGGCGGCAAGACGCUGACUGAGAGGUCGGGCGGAUGCCGGCUUCUGCCCUCCCACGGGGGAGUUAGAGGUCAAAGUCUGGGCCUUGGGGAGAGAGAAAGACGGGACCUGGGUCUGGGUGGUAAGAACCUGCGGUAUAAGGACUUGGACAGUGACAGCAGAGAGAGCAGAGAGAGUCGGGAGGCUCGGUACCGGUCAGACAGGAAGCACGUGGUGGACGAGGUGGAGAUGGAGAGACAGAGGGGCGUGUUCACCUUUGCCCUGGCGGGGCCUGGGGAGGAAGUCCUCACUCACCCUCCAUUUUACAUCCCUGACCCCUGGACCAUGAGACUGGAGAAUCCCACCCCUAAAAUCCCUGAGCCGGCCAACUAACAUUUUUCCAACUGACACUUCCAAAUGAUAGCUAACUGACACUUCAUUUCAGAGCUCUAAGAAUCGUACAGAACAGAGAGAGUUCUCUGUCUGGUAGAUUUCCCACCUGCUGUUUAGAGAUAUAAGGGGAGUGAUGUCUGGGAACAUACGUAGGUAUAUAGCAAACAGGGUAAUUACUUGGAAAACAGUUGAACAUCUCAGAUCAAAAUCUUUUGAGCUGCCAUCUUUACAAUCGCAAGGAUUUUGAUUAAAAACAUUUAAUUUGGGGAAGUAAAACUGGACGAAUACAUUUUGUAUGUUCCAAAAGUACUAAGUUGAAAAAUAUUAUACUCUCAGGACAUGAUAUCUGUUUAUUUUUGGAUUAUUAAUGUAAACGUGUAAUUCAUAGUGUAAUUAAUUAAGGUAUGGCAAUACGUUGUUUCCUAAAUUCCCAGUCUAUAAAUGAAUACUGAUAUUAGAUAAGAAAGCUCAAAGCUAUUUAUAAGCCACAAACUACGGAUUCCAAAUGUACCCAAAGUCUGCAACUUUGGGUACAGUGCUAAUAAACGGGGUAGUCUAAGCCACCGAAGAACAUUCAAAACCAUGAGAAAUGAUUCACUUGACAAAAAAAAAAUCUACAUCGAAAACAUGUUUUAGCCCUUGUUCUCAGAUUUUGUCUGCACUAUUGUAAAUAUAUACAAAUGUUUUAAAGAAUUUGACCAUAGUUAUGUUGAUUAUUGUUGUAUUAUAUUUGUUGUUUUUUAUAGUCGAUAACCCCUCCAAAGACGUGGAGUUUGAUAUUGCACAAACUUGAACAAGCCUUGUGUUACAUUGCAUACAGUAUGUUCUGUGUUUCUUCUAAAGACCACGAUGUGUAAAUAAUUUGUGAAACAGAUAGAUCCUUGCUUUAGCUAUGUCCUGCUGGUGCUUUGAUUGCUGCAGUAAGACAUUUAAAAAGGGUUUCUACCCUAUUUUCUAAUACAGAUUUUUUCUGAUCUGUGUAUAAAUGUUGUUAUUCACAAUUAUUUGAAUUGAAAUGGGAUACUAUUUUCUUGGUAUUUAUGCAUAUUUAAAUUAGCCUUGGCUAUAUUUUGCAAAUAUGUUGUUUUAUAAAGACACUAAAUGUUGUA